AUGACUCGAAAUAUGAUUCAAAAUGAAAUAGAAGAAAUUCUUUCGCUAAGUAAUGAUGACCAACCGUUAAUGAUUAAUCGAUUAGAUAAACUAAUCCAGAAAGUCGGAAUCGAACAAAUUACAGCAUGGCGAAAUCCAACGAAUAAAUCAGGAAACACGUUAAUGCAUGAAUUUGUCGAAAAAAAUUGUCCGGAUGUUAUUCAACAUCUAGCUGUCAAAUAUCAGUUCGAUAUAGAUAUUCAUCGUGAAUCGGAUGAUAAAACACCUUCUGACUUGGCUCAGUCAAAAGAUGAUGAAGAAAUGGUGAAUUUAUUACAAGAACUUAACUAUAACAAAAUGAUCGAACAAAGUCCAGACGAUGCUGCAUCUCAAGUGGACAAUAGAAAAAAAAUGAACAUUGUUUGGCUCGAUUUAGAAAUGACAUCUAUUGAAGAUCCUAAAAUCAUGGAAUGUGCUGUUAUAAUCACAGAUAAAUACUUAAAUGAAUUAGAACGAGACGAAUGGGUUAUUCAUUAUAAUCAAAAAGAAUUAGAUACACUUGGUUCAUGGCAUCAGGAGCAAUUUAAAUCUGUUGAUGAAGGUGGAAAUGGUUUAUUUGAAGCAUGUAUCAAAUCUAAUCUUUCCGAAGCAGAAGUCGAACAAAAACUACUCCAAAUACUUCAACGUCAUUGUCCAGAAAAACAAUGUCCUCUAGCUGGUAGCUCAAUACACAUAGAUAAAGAAGUUUUAAAACAACGAAUGCCAAAAGCUCAUGAUUAUUUACAUUAUCGUAUUAUUGAUGUUAGUUCAUUUCGCGGAAUGUUAAAACGAUGGGCACCGAGAAAUGAAUUAAAAUUUGUAAGUAAACUAUCCAAAAUUGGACGAGAUACAGUUAACCAUCGAGCUAUGGAUGAUAUUGAAUAUUCAAUGGAACUUAUGAAAUUGUUUCAUCCAUUAUUAACCGGACGUCCGUACCAAAGCAGAAAACCACAGGAUCGAUCAUUACAUAAAAAUGAGAAAAAUGAUGCCGCAGAAGCUUCUGCUUUACCAAAAGGCAAUCGUUCAGUUGGAAAUUUUGAAUCAGACAGAUCAACAUAUUACGCUGAUGAGAAGGCACUUAUUGCGCGGUUGGAGCUCGAAAAGAAAACUAAUGUAAAAGCUUUAAAACUCGAUAAAAAACUUCUAGAAAUGUACGAUCGUAAUCCACAUUUACGUGAAAUCGUUAUUGAUGGUAGAUCUAAGAUAGACAUUCAAAAGGGAUUCGGUAAGGAAAAUCGUUUUUUGGAUUUACACAUUCCUAUAUCCAGUCGGAGAAUGCCUGUUCAACAUCAUAGUACAACUGAACAUUGGGGAACACGAAAACUACUCUUAACAGAUAUAGAGUUCUUAACAAAUUACGCUCGAACUGGGAAAUAUUUGGUAAUUUAUAUUGGUGCUGCACCUGGUAUACACAUUAACUAUUUAAGUGAUUUAUUUCCUGAUCUUGACUUUGUUCUUAUUGAUACAAAAAAAGUUGAAACUAAAAAAACACCAAAAAUUCAUAUUCGUUCAGGAGAAUUUAUAGAAGAUAUAGUGAAAGAAUAUUCUAAAUCAAGAAAAGAUUUAUUAUUGAUUUGUGAUGUACAUACAUUAGGUACACAAGAUGAUUUAGACGAUAACUUAGUAAUAGAUAUGUUAAAUCAAGAAGAAUGGCAUUCAUCUAUGAAACCAAUUGCAUCUCUUCUAACAUUUCACUUUCCGCGCACACAAAAUCGAAUACAGAAUUUUAAAGGUGAUUUAAUAUUGGAACCAUGGGCCUCAAGACGUUCUAAUGGUUGUCGUUUGGUAGUUCAAAAAACUGCACGUCUUAUUGACUAUGAUAUCAAAAGCCUUAAGUUAUCUAUGGAUUAUUUUCAAAAUGUGCUGAGAACAACAUAUUAUGAACAUGAUUUACGAGAUUCAAAUACUGAUGGACUUGAUCAUUGCUAUGAUUGUCGAAGUGAAAUCUUUAUUUUAUCUCGAUAUCUAGAAAAGAUUCAAAAAAUUCCAAGCGAACAACUAUUAAAGGCUGUACCGAAAGUAUCUGAAGAAAUUUCAAAAAGCAUAUCUGAUAGAAACAGACCGUCGAUUGUUAAUGGCAUACGAACACUGGCUGUUAUUCCAAAAAAAUAA